AUGUUUUAUUGUAAGUAAUUAAGGCUAUUUCGAUAUUAAUAAUUUAGUACUUUCAAAUGGUGUACUUAAAUUUUUGAUUAAAUAGAGAAGGAAACUAAAAGAAAAAUAAAGAUAUCUUUAUUUUAAGAUGCAUUAAAACAAGCAGAAGAAUUUAAAAUAAAAGAAGAAUUUAUACGAUUUACUUUAUGUGAUGUUAAUUCAUAAUCCUAAUUGAUAGAGGCUGCUGUACCAGCUAAUGUUCUAUACAGUGCAAUAGCAUAGACUUAUAAUUUAGAAUUUUCUUUAGUUGAAAGAAUGUAUGGUGAAAUCAAUUUAAUGAACAAUUUUGAAGAUGUUAUUAAUUCUCAUAAAACAACAAAUUCAAUAUAGUUUUCAAGUUUAUUUUAAAAAAUUUAAGAGAUUUUUGAAUUAUCUGGGGGAGGAUGUGAAGAAUAGAAGGAAGUAUUGGUUAAAGAUUUACUAAGAGUAUGUUCUAAUUCAUUAGAAGUUAAAUAUUUGAUUAGAUUUUUGAAGGUAAAAGUAAUUUGAAAUGUAUAGAAAAGAAUGAGGAUAGGUUUAAGUACAUAGAGUGUAUCAUAAUUACUAAAUGAGAGUGAAAGAAAAAGAUUAUUGGGAUAUUAAUCAGGAUUAGGAGAUUUGUAAAUAGGAAUUCCAAUAUAACCUUAAUUAGCUAAAAGUUUUUAGAAGGAGAAUAAGGAAGAUGAAAUAACUAUGGAGAAAAUAAAGAAAAAGUUUUUGAAUGAUGAUUUAGAAGUGUGUUUCUUUGAAUAUAAAUAUGAUGGAGAAAGAUUGUAAGUACAUUAUACAAAUGGUGAAGUUAAAUUGUUUGGUAGAUCUUUAGAGGAAAAGACAAAUCAAUUUAAAGAAUUAUCUAAUUAAUUAAAAGAGUAUUUCAAUAAUAAUAAAUUUGAUGAUGUUAUAUUAGAUUGUGAAAUGAUAUGUUAUCAUAAUGGAGAAAUCUUACCAUUUUAAGAAAUGUAAAAUAAAACUUAUGAGAAUUCAGUAUAUUUAAGUUUAGUUUGUUUUGAUAUUUUAUAUCACAAUAAAUAAAUCCUACUUAAUAAAGUUUAUUCAUAAAGAUUAUAAAUUUAUAAUUCAAUUUUAAAGCCUAUAACAAAUUAAAGACAAGUGAUAAGUCAUAUUAUUUCACAUAGAUUAAAGAAUGAAAAUUAAAUGGAUACAUUUUAUAAAUAAGCAUUGGCUGAUGGAUUAGAAGGAAUUAUGAUAAAAAAAGAUACUAUUUAUUCUCCUGGAUCUAGAAAUGAUUGGCUUAAAAUAAAGAAAGAAAAGGAUGUUGAUUUAGUUGUAUUAGGUGGAUAUUAUGGUUAAGGUAAAAGACAAUAAUGGCUUGGUUCAUUUCUAUUAGGUAUUUAUGAAAAUGGACGAUUACAUCCUAUAGCUAAAAUUGGGACAGGGUUUAGUGAUUAAAAAUUAGAAGAAUUAACAAAGAGAUACAUGUCUAUACCAAUUGGAAGUUGUCCUUAACAUUUGAUUGGUUUUAAAGAUCAACCUCAUGUUUGGUUUUCAUAAAAUGAUGUUUGGGAAGUUACUUAUGAUACAGUUUCAGCAUCACCUCUUUAUCCUCCUUAAAAUUCACAAUUGAAUACAGGAAUAUCUGUUAGAUUUCCUAGAUUUAAAAGAGAAAGACCUGAUAAAAGAAUUGAAUAGAGUGGACCAAUCCAAGAUUUGCUUGAAGAGUAUUAGAAAGUUUAGAAGAAAGAAUUCUUUUGA